AUGCCAUCUCGUCAUCAUCUUCGCAAAAUUCUGUCCGUUAGACGACUACGGAUUCUCAAUGCGCUUGUUUGGCUCAAAGAGAAUAAUGUUCUGUAUAACCAUAUAUCUCUCGACAAGCACAUUAUCGCCACUCUUCCUGAUGAUGAUGUUCCUGAAUCCAUUUGGGAAACACUCGAUUAUAUAUUAGAUGAUAAAAAUGCUCAUGCUGAAAGAGAGGGAUAUACCGAAGAUCCCCUUACUAGUAGUCAAGCUAUGUCUGAGCAAGCCACAUCCGACUUUAUUCCUAUAAAUCCAAGUGGUGUUCUAGACGUCAAUGGUACAUCUGUAUCAAUAAAAGAUAUUAAUAAUCAGAUGCUUCGCAAACUUCGAAUCGAUGCAAACAAGCAAUCUGUCGAUUUAUCUGAAACCAACACUGACGACGAUCUUAUUCAUAUGAUUCCAAGAGGAAGUGCUCCUACCAAUGAAUAUAACAAUCCGACUCUGUUGCUUGGUCUCUAUCCAACACUCUUUCCUUAUGGAACGGGAGGUUUCGAAGAUGCUUCUCGACCAGUAAAGAUCUCAUUCAAAAAACAAAUUCAGUACCUACUUUCUUAUCACGAUCGCCGCUUUGAAGAACAUCAUUCUUUUAUAUUUAUCGCCUUUAAUAUAUUACAACGACGAGAAGCCUGUCUUCAGGCUCGAUUAAUGACAUUAAAACCAUUUUUUAGUAAGACAGCCGAUCAGAUCGUGUCACUGAAUGCUGGUGACAUCAAACGAGUAUUGAGUGAUUUUGAGAAGAACAAAAUUAGUGUAUCAAGCCAUAAUCCACAAGUCAAUGCACUUUUGAGUCAAGUCAAAGCAGUCGGAGGGAAAGUAAUGGGUUCGGCACACUCUCGAUCCGCACUGCGCAACCAAAUUCAUGGUUUAAUUUUCAAUCAAGGCUUGCCAAGCAUCUUUCUUACCAUCAAUCCUGCGAAUAUUAACAGUCGUGUAGCUCUCUAUUUUGCUGGAGUUAAUCUUGAUUUGGAUGCUAUCAUCCCAAACAAUCUUCCAUCUACUUAUGAAAGGGCUGAAAUUAUUGCAUCUCAUCCUGUGGCAACAGCCAAGUUUUUCACCGACUCAUUACAACGGUUCUCGAAACAAUGA